AAUGAGUAAUGCUCAGUUCGUCCUGGGAUUUGUUACAACAUAUCUCAACAAACGGUGACGCUGUGCAGCUUGUAACUGUAGGAAUGGACGCAGGAAUUCUUUGUGAGAAGAUGGAGUUGUUUUUACAUAGAUUAUCUUAAUAGCUGUGGUCUUUGUGGGCGUGGCCUUCUCUGAUGACGGGUCCUACAUCCUGGAUUCCAGGGGGGUCGAGGUGGAGCAGGGUCUGACCCCCUCCAGACAACUCUACGAAAACCACGACGCCUUCUCAGAGGACUUCAAGCAGCGAUCCCAAGAGCAGGCCAGGCAGUACACCCUCGAUCAGACUGCCUACAAUGAUCCUAACCCCCGCUACACAUGGGCCUACGCUGUCGACGCCGAGUCGACGGGUGACCUGAAGUCCGCCAGGGAGGAGCGUCGAGGUGACGUUGUCGUCGGCCAGUACUCCGUCAUGGACCCAGAUGGUGUUCGUCGCACCGUCGACUACCAGGUCGCUCCUGGAACUGGAUUCCAGGCCACCGUCAGGAAGGAGGAGACAAACGCCAUCCAGAAUCAGCGCGAGCAGUACAGCCAGUACCAGAGCCAACAGAGCAGCAGAAACCAACAGCAGCAGCAGCAGUACCAGAGACUGAACAGAAAUCAGCAGAAUUAUCAGCAGUCCAGCUCGAACCAGAGACAGCAGAAUGUCGACGUACAGAAUGGCCGCAGAAACGACCAGUACACCCAGUUCCAGAGCCAGAGGAAUCAGUAUCAGUCGAAUGACCGUCGUGAUUUCCAGACUCAAAGAAACAACAGGAAUGAACUCCAGACCCAAUUCCAGAACCAGAGGGAGAAUAUAAACGAAUUCCAGACCCAAUUCCAGAACCAAAGGGAAAACAGGAAUGAGUUCCAGAUCCAGAGGGAAAAUCGUAAUGAAUUCCAAAACCAGUUCCAAAACCAGAGAGAAAACAGAAAUCAAUUCCAGAACCAGUUCCAGAACCAGAGGGAAAACAGGAACGAAAUCCAGAACCAGAGGGAAAACAGAAACGAAUUCCAGACCCAGUUCCAGAACCAGAGGGAAAACAAGAACCAAUUCCAGAACCUUCAGCAGCAACGCCAGCAGAACUAUCAGAACGAAAACCGUUUCCAGACUGAGCAGACGAGACUGAGUCAGUUCCAGGAUCAGCAGAACUACAGACAAGAGUCACAGACUGAGAACAGAGACAACUUCCAGCUCAGUCGUGUUCCAGGAUCUGGAGUCAUCCUCAAGAGCUCCGCCCUUAACCAGCAGCGCUACGGAGAGAACAGAAACCACCACUUCAACAAUGAACAGCUGAACAGCGAAAGGAACAAUCUGUAUUCCAGGAACUUCGACAGCAAUGAACGGAAUGUGAACCGUUACGGAAAUAUCAAUAAUUAUCAGUACGAACAGAGGCAAGAUGGAAGCCGUUAUGGUCUCAACCGUCAAAACCAGAUUCAGGAUAACAUGAAUGACCGUCACCAGUUCGACAGGGAUCAGAGGACCGGUGGACAUCAGUACAACCAGGAGAAAUUGAUCAAUCAGAGGCAACAGCAACAGUCCACAAGAUACAGUGAAAACAGCAAUAACCAAAACAGACUGAACCAAUACAACCAAAAUAGCCAAAGCCAAAACGAAAACCAACGCUACGGAUCAGCCGAGUUCAGGAACCAAGUGCAGAGAUCACAGAGUUUCUCGAACGAUGAGAACCAAUACCAAAGGGUUUACCCCACCCGGGAGAAUCAAUACCAGAGGUCUCAGUACGACCAAAAUCAUCAGUAUAAUCAGAGAUCAAGCAACACCCAGAGACAGAAGAGUUCCCAGUUCUCUCAGAACUACCAACAGCGUUCCAGCCAGCAGCAGAACCUUCGUCAGGGCCAGCAGUACUCUUCAGUAGCAUCCCAGAACCAGAACCAAUAUGGGAGGACUUACUCUCCCGUCAGCGUCGUUCUUGCUGGAAGGAACUAAGGCUCCACUGUCCUAAUGUCCUGAAGUCCUAAUCUGUAGGUAAGAAGGGCUUACUAUGACGGUUAGACGACUAAUAAUAUGGAAUUCGGUGUACAGGAAAAUCUACAAUAUUCAAGUUCUAGAAGUCACUACGGAUAACAAACGUAUGGAAGGAGGAAUUUGGAAAUAUUCAUGGAAAACUUUAGUAAUGUUUCACGGUAUUAAUCGGUUCAUUUUUACUGAACGGUGCAAAUAUCAGUUGUGAAUUAAUUCCUCCGAGCAUUGUAACAUCUCUAGUUAUCCCAGGACGUUCUAGUACGGCUUAGAAUUUUGUAAUAAAGGUAUCGGUACAAAAAAAAA